AUGAUGAAGAGACAAACGAGUUCAAUCUAAUAGGUUAUUAAGACAGGAACUUAGAUUGUAGAAUAUGCUUGGUUUUAAUAACAUGAAGUUUUCGUUUUGCCCCAGUAGAACACCUGGAAAUAAAUAAUUAUGAAUAAUUUCGAAUUAUUCGUAAUACUAAUGGUUCUUGUGUAUUGCGUGACAUUCUUCUUCAUGUACAAGAUAUUUAGCAAGAAAAAUAAUAAAAUAAUUGUACAUGUUAGAAAAGAGAGCGUAACUAGUGAUGAAUUAUAAAAUUCGAUUCGACUUGGUACUGAGCAAAAUGAAAAGCAAAAGAAGGACUAAACAUCCAGCACGGAUUCCUCACCUAGAUACAUUUAAAAUGAACCUGAGGAUAAUGUGAUUGCUUUGCCUGAUAACAAUUUCAAACUAGUUGGACUUUAAAUAUCUGAAACCAAAGAACAAGUGGUUGAGUGGGAAAGAAAUUAAGAGGAUGUUUUUAUAACAUAGACAGAUACAAAAACUGUGAAAAUGAAAGUUAGUGAUGAGCAUUUAUAAUUUGUUACUUCUUAGUUUGUAGAUUUAAAUUAGAAAAAUGCUAAAGGAGUGCACAUGAUAGAGUAGGAAAAUGCAUUUGGACAAUCAGAAAGAAUAUUAAAUCUCCUAACAGAUUGGAGUAGAUAUUGUGAAAAUGGAAAGUUCCAGAAAUUGUACACUUCCCCCUUUCUUAUAGGCAAAGGGACUUUCGGAGAAGUUUACAAAUGUCAAAAAAUUAUAGAUCUCAAAGAAUAUGCAGUUAAAAGAAUUUAUUUUAAAGUGAAAAAUGAAAAAACCUUAAGAGAUCAUCCAAUCUUUAGAGAAGUUGGAUCACUUUAAGAAAUCAAUCACAAAAAUAUAGUUAGAUAUUAUACUAGUUGGAUUUAGGAGUUGACGAAUGAAAAUAUAGCAGAUAUUGCAAAAUUAAAUUAAAUUGUAGCUGAACAAUAAUAGGCAAAAUAAAAUGAGUCAUAGAAUUCAUAUUAUCCUCAAUUGAUGGAUGAUAUGUCAUCUAUGAAUGAUUAUGUUUAAUUUGUUGGAGGAAAUGAUGCAGAAAAUGAAUAAUAAAUUUAAACAAUUACUAAAUAAUCCAAAACUGUGCAGAGUUUUCAUUUCUCAGAUUACAGCAGUUAGAUUCAAUCUAAAAUGAGAAGGUAUCACUUUAAUCCAAAUUUAAAAGAUGAAUAAUUCUAACUGUUCACCUUAUACAUUGAAAUGGAAUUAUGUGAUUAUACAUUGAAAGAUUUCAUUGAUAAGGUUGAUAGAAAAAAAGAUUAUCUUCUAAUUAAAUCUAUAUUUAUCUAAAUAUUGGAAGGAAUCAUAUAUAUGCAUAAUAAUCAAUAUAUUCAUAGAGAUUUAAAACCUUAGAAUAUAUUUAUUAAUUCAAAGAAUGAAGUCAAAAUUGGAGAUCUCGGACUCUGCAAUUCUUUAAUCAUUAAAAUAGAUGAUGAACUCACUUCUAAUUCUGGUGAAUACACCAAUAAUGUUGGUACUCCAAUGUACAUGGCUCCAGAAGUCAAAGAUGAUCUAUAUGGUUAGGCAGCAGACAUCUACCCUUUAGGAAUAAUAUUAUUUGAAAUGAUGUGGAAGAUAAAAACUCAUUAUGAAAAAACAAGAUUGAUAACAGCUCUUACCAAAGAUUCUAUCUUACCUAUUGAUUUAUUUAAGGAUCACCCUAUUGAGGCAGAAUUAAUACUAAAAAUGAUCAAUAAAAAUCCAUAAAAAAGACCAUCUGCUCAAUAAGUUUUAGAUACUUUAAUCAAAUAAUGA